AUGGAAGCAUACUAUGAUGAGUGCAAGAAGGACGGCUUGUUGAUUAAUGGAAAGAAAGUUAUUUCUUUCUUUAAAGUAAUGAUUGUAGAAACUUUCCUACAAGUUCUGUGUUUUCCUCCAAAGUUUGCUCGCUUAGUUCCACACCUAACUGAUCAGGAGAUUUAUUUGGAGGACUCAUGUGGACGACGAUGGAUGGCAACAAUGUGCAACUAUAAUGGUUCACUUGCUAUCCGACAGGGCUGGGCCAAAUUUUCAGCUGAGCAUGAUUUGAAAGUGGGUGAAUUUUUGCUUUUCCAUUAUGUUCCGGAUGAUCGCCACUUCAUUGUUCAAAUAUUCGGAACAAGUGGUUGUGAAAAGAUCAAGUUCAAUAGUGACAUCAGCAAAGGAAAACCAAAUGAAAAGACUUAUCAGGAAAUAACUAUCAAAGAAGAAUCUCAAUCUGACUUUGCCAGUGUUGCCGUAAGUUUAACUAUUUGA